CCACCAUUGAUCAGAUCACGAUGAGCACCGAAGGUGCGUUUUCUUGCAUCAUCUCUGCUCGUAUAUCUCACGCGGGGCUGCAGUAACAUGCCCAGUCUGCUCGCGCAAAAUUCUCGAGAAGGACAUCAAUCACCAUCUGGACACUGGCUGUGCGGAGGACGUCGACCCAGCCUCAAAAGCAAGACGAGGACCCCCUCGUGCACAGCCCAGGACACAGGCUUCUAUCGCGUCGAUCUUCGGCGGGACACAGAAACCACACGCAGCAUCAGCCGGUCCUUCGCAUGCGGCUUCGACAUCCAAGGCUCAUGGGAAGAAGAGAGUACAGACAGAUGAGACUUACGUAUCUGCCGAAUUGGGACCCUCAAAGCGGCCAAAAACCACCCCCACUUCAAGCACUAUGACUUCUCGCAUGAAUGCUGCUGCUCCUCUGGCUGAACGCCUCCGCCCAACUUCGCUGGAGGAUUUCGUGGGGCAGCCACACCUGACUGGUCCUGACUCGCUGUUACUGCGCUUGCUGGAUAAUGGCUCGACAGGAAGCAUCAUCUUUUGGGGCCCGCCGGGGUGUGGCAAGACGACUCUGGCUAGGCUGUUGGCAAAGCGCACGAAUGCCGUCUUCAAAGAGCUCAGCGCGACAGACUCGGGCAUCGCGGACGUGCGCGCAGUCGUUGAGGAGGCCAAGAACGUGCUCACUCUAACUGGGAGGAAGACUAUUCUUUUCCUUGACGAAGUGCACCGAUUCAACAAAGCACAGCAGGACAUUUUCUUGCCAUUCCUCGAGCAAGGCCAACUGCAGCUGAUCGGUGCGACGACCGAAAAUCCAUCCUUCAAGUUGACUGGCGCCCUGAUCAGCCGCUGUCGCGUUUUCGUGUUGGAACGCCUAACAGACGAAGACAUCACCAAGAUCGUCACACAGGCAGUUGAUCAUGUCUCGCCACACCCACCGCCACCAACAUAUGCAGAACACACCACCGAAGACGAGCCGGACCGCCACCACCACCACUCUGACAUACGAAGCUCACAGCCCGAAACAGAGGACGUCAUCCUCCCACCCUCCUCACCACUAACCCCCAUAUCCACCGGCGACCCCGCCUCAUCAUCCAACACCCCAUCGCCCCCCCAAUUCCCCGCCCACCCCCACCUCACGCCCAAGCUCCUCUCCUCCCUCGUCUCCCUCUCCACCGGCGACGCCCGCACCGCGCUCUCCCUCCUCGAGCUCGUCCUCUCCGCGCCGCCCACCACCGACCCAGACGCGCUCCUCUCCGCGCUCCGCCGCUCGGUGUCGACCUCGUACGACCGCACGGGCGAGAGCCACUACGACAUGAUCUCCGCACUGCACAAGAGCGUGCGCGGCAGCCAGCCGAGCGCGGCGCUCUACUGGCUCGCGCGCAUGCUCACCGCGGGCGAGGACCCGCUGUACAUCGCGCGCCGCAUGGUCGUGUGCGCGAGCGAGGAUAUCGGGCUUGCGGAUAAUCAUGCCUUGCCCUUAGCGAUGGCUGCCUUCCAGGCAUGCCAGAUGAUCGGGAUGCCCGAAUGCCGCAUAAAUUUGGCGCACCUCGUCUCGUACCUCUCCGAGGCACCAAAGUCCACCCGUGCAUACGUGGGGUAUAACCGCGCAGAAGCGGCCGCCAAGUCAGACCCGACGGCUCCGGUUCCUAUGCCUAUGCGCAACGCGCCGACAAAGCUAAUGAAGGAGCUCGGGUAUGCACGUGGCUAUUGCUAUAAUCCGGACUACGCACACCCGGUCACGAAUGACUACCUGCCGCCUCGGUUCAAGGACGAGGGAUUCCUCCUGUCGGCAGGCGAUAUGACGGGAAAGAGCUGGGACGAAGAAGCUCUCCGAAAUUGGGAGAUUGAAGAGAACGAAGGUCUGCCUUGGGAAGGAAGACAAUAUGCAUCGCAGAACGCACCAAAUAGUCAACAAAGUAAUACGAAAAAGUGA